CAACAUGUUCUACGGCUGUUCUCGCGCGAGCAACAUGGCCGCCCGGAUAGCCAUCAACCCAGUGAUGUCAGCGAGGGGAGAGAACCGAACGUCCAAGGCGUGGUCACAGGUGAGGACCGCCGGAACGUUUUCGUUCCGUUACGGUCGCAUGGAGGUCAAGGCCAAGCUUCCCAAGGGAGACUGGUGCGAGGGACGCUCAGAGAGAUUAUUCUGUUGUGGAGCCUGCAACGGUUUCAAGCUGUGGCCGGCGAUCUGGCUUCUCCCCGAGCAAAACGCAUACGGGCAGUGGCCGGCCUCCGGGGAAAUCGACGUCAUGGAGUCGAGGGGUAACUCGGCUUCUUACGCGUCGAGUGUAGACGGCGUCGGAGGCGUGGACUCGGCUUCGAGCGCGUUCCACUGGGGGCCCCACUACAGUGUGGGCACAUGA